AUGCUCGUUAUACUUAUUUUAAUAUUUUUCUGCAAUGUCGCACAAAGCGAUCUUAACAUUCUGCAAAACUUUUUGAAUCAAAAUAUGGGCGAACUCAAAAAAGUUGAAGAUUCUAAUGAUACAAUUCUCCUGAAUAGUUUAGCUAAUUACACUGGAAAAAAUUAUAAUAAUUCUGGUAUGAUUUAUGAUUCAUCUUCUGCUGAUUUGGUAUUGAUGGAUUCGACAGCAGCUUGUGCUUCUGGGUGGACUAAAUACUCUGGUAACGGUUAUUGCUACAAGGUUGGAUUGAUGAUAACAUGUUCCUUUGAUUGUAAUACAAUUUUUUCAGCUAGGAACCGCGAUGACAUGGUAUGCCGCUGAGACAUGGUGUGCCGGUCAAAAAUCCGGUGCUCAUCUUGCAAGUAUUCACAGUCAAGCUGAAGCUGAAUGGAUUGUAUCCACAUUUAGACCCAGUAGUUGGCUGGGUAUUGGAACAAUUGACACGUGGAUUGGAUUACGGCGCGGUUGUGACAAUGUUACUUAUAUUUGGACAGAUGGAACAUCAGUGGAUUUUAUGUGGUGGAGUCCAGGAUAUCCAAAAUCAACAGAAGCAGAAAAAAGUUGUGCAACGGUAAGAUUUUGUAAAUGUUAAAAAUAAUGCAAUUAUUGUGAGUUAAGAUAUGGGACUCUUCUUUGCGUCGAUUAUUGAAUACUUACACACCUGGUCAAUUUGAUGAUGUGUGGGAUUGUGGAACUAAUACAGCUACUCCUACUUGUAAAUAUAAUCCUUCAUCAAGUAAGUUGAAUGUGUUGAGCAGGGGUGGGGAAAAUGUCAUGGCCUCAUGUUGUCCUGUCCUUGAAUAUGGCCUAAACUUGUCCUGGCUCGAACAUGGCUUGAACAUGUCCUAAAGCCAUAUGCCCAACCUGUCCUCGCGUGAACAAAAAUUAACAGAGCAAUUUUUUUUUUCUGCAUAAAAAAAAUAAAAAUGCGAUCUCCUAUUUUUUUGCCGUAUUUUUUCUCAACUAAAAAAAGAACCUGUCCAGGACAGGACAGGUAGCCAGGUUUACACGUGGACCUGUCAUGGCUUAUGUUCUUACCACCAAAGCCAACAUGAGGCCAACGUGAGGCCAGUUUCCCCACCCCUGGUGUUGAGAGACGAGAAAAACGAUGAUUUCUUCUAGCUUCUCCUGUUGUUGCGUAUAGUGCAGAGUGGUGUACGACUACGACUGGUGUUACAACUACGACAACUCCUACUACAACUACUAAGCCGACAACAACCACGACUCCAACUACUACAACUACCACCCCGACUACCACAACCACGACCCCAACUACUACAACUACCACCCCGACUACCACAACCACGACCCCAACAACUACAACCACGACUCCAACAACUACAACUACAACCCCAACUACUACAACUACAACUCCAACAACUACAACCACGACCCCAACUACAACUACUACGACCCCAACUACUACAACUACAACCCCAACUACUACAACUACAACUCCAACAACUACAACCACGACUCCAACUACUACAACUACAACCCCAACUACUACAACCACGACUCCAACUACUACAACCACGACCCCAACUACUACAACUACAACUCCAACAACUACAACCACGACUCCAACAACUACAACUACAACCCCAACUACUACAACCACGACUCCGACAACCACAACCACGACUCCAACUACUACAACUACAACCCCAACUACUACAACCACGACUCCAACUACUACAACCACGACCCCAACUACUACAACCACGACUCCGACAACCACAACCACGACUCCAACUACUACAACUACAACCCCAACUACUACAACCACGACUCCAACUACUACAACUACAACCCCAACUACUACAACCACGACUCCGACAACCACAACCACGACUCCAACUACUACAACUACAACCCCAACUACUACAACCACGACUCCAACUACUACAACUACAACCCCAACUACUACAACCACGACUCCGACAACCACAACCACGACUCCAACUACUACAACUACAACCCCAACUACUACAACCACGACUCCAACUACUACAACCACGACCCCAACUACUACAACUACAACUCCAACAACUACAACCACGACUCCAACAACUACAACUACAACCCCAACUACUACUACUACGACCCCAACUACUACAACCACGACUCCGACAACCACAACAACAGAAUCCACAACUACAACUACUACGACUCCAACUACAACAACUACAACUCCAACUACUACAACUACAACCCCGACUACUACAACCACGACUCCGACUACCACUACAACAGAAUCUACAACUACAAGUACAGAAUUAACGUCCACUAGCACGGAGUCGACAUCUACAAGUACAGAACCCACAUCCUCAAGUUCUGAAUCGACAUCCACUAGCACAGAAUCUACGUCGACGAGUACGGAGUCUACGACAACCCAGGCCCUCACAACUCCCGUUGUCACAAGUCCUACCACAACCCAGGCCGUCACAACCCCGGCCCUCACAACUCCCGUUGUCACAAGUCCUACCACAACCCAAGCCGUCACAACCCUGGCCCUCACAUCUCCGGCCCUCACAACUCCUGUUAUCACAACUCCCGCUCUUACAACCCCAUUCGAUCCCACCAAAUGCACAACAUCCUGUGAUACCAACUGGAUCCAAUUCAAUGGGAAAUGCUACGCUCUUCUCAAAGGCGUCGCAACAUUCACCCAAGCUCAAAAAGGCUGCACCACUCAUGGUGCAACAUUGGCGGUGAUUGAUAAUUUGGCGGAAAAUGAUGCAUUGAGAAGUGAGUUUUUCCCUAACAAUAAAACAUUUCAGAGAGUUCUGCAAUAUUAUCAAAGUAAAAAAAUUUGGCAAAAAAAGAGAAGCCAGAAAUUCAAAUCCCAAUUUUCCCAAGUACGGUAUUUCUCUGCGUCACUAACACCGUUCCGAGACCACACCAUUGGGCAGAGAAACAAAGUCAAAGACGCACAUAUGGGUCUCGCAGCGACUGAAAGAAACACCGUACUUAGGAAGAGUGUCAUUUGAAUUUCUGAGCUCCGUUUUUUUGCCAAAUUUUUUUAUUUUGAUAAUAUCAUUUUUCAGAGGCCUUCAACUUCAACUCAAACUUGCCGACAGAUUCGCAAGCCUGGAUAGGUGAUUCUAGUUAUACAAAUUGGGCAGUUAACCAACCGGAUAAAUCCGACGGUUCAUCAUAUUCCUACUGUAAUGUGGUAGGUUCGAAUUUCAAUUUUUUCAAUGAAAAAGCAUUUUUAUUCAGUUCUCUAUUUCAAUUGUGAAUAGUGGCUACAAUUGGGGAUAUGUUAGAGGAGUUUGGAACGAUUAUCAAUGUUCGAAAACUCAAAAAUACGCGAUUUGUGAAAAAUAA